UUCAAUACUUGGGGGUAGAUGGAACUUAAAGAAUGGGGUCACUUCCUUUUCAACCAGUUAUGGGAAACGAUGGGACUCACUCAAGGAAACACUGGAAUUCUGAGCAAGUUCGAUGAAACCGCUUGGAAAUAUUGGCUGUAGGUGGUUAGAUAUGGACUACAUGCGAAUCUUGAUUUUUUUUUUUUUGCAACUCAUUACAUACAGCUUUGUGAUGAAAGGAAACAGCUUGCUGCUUGCUUCAAGGGCAGGCUCAUUUGCAUUUCUGUUCGAGGAAGUAGUAAUGAGUCACCAAGCCUUAGAUUUCACCCUUUCUUGAUUUCUUGCUGAGUUCACUUCAACUGAAUGGAAGAGUUAUCAUAAAUGAAUUAUCUUGAAGAGAAAUGUCACUCGGAAAGGAUAGGUAGAAGGUGGGUUAGUGGGGAAGAGAAUGACCGCGGAAGUCUUUGUUUAAAUACAUCUGCACUGUAAAACUGUUGCAUUUGUCAGUAUCUUAAGUGGCUAAGCGUAAGGAAAAUUCUCGCAUGAUGGGACACGAUAGACUUGGCUUAGCACAGCUCCUUAAAAGCUCGGACCUAUGCAGCCGCAUUUGGAAUGCCAGGGUUUGCAAGGACUCUGAGGUGGCCGAGGAGAUGCGAUUCAUGGGUAAAACCUGAAUUGGGAGUGGAUACAGAAAUGUCAGCCUCCCUUUCCAAAAGAUGUCUCUGGCAUGCUCAGUUUGGAAAUGAAGAACUACGUGAAUUUAGUGAGCACUUUCCUAUACAGACAUAAAGUACACAUCCCCCGCAGAUACGGUAGUGGCCAAGCCUGCAUCAUGCUUGCCCUGGAUGAUGCUUUUGCAUAAGUAACUUAUAAAGAAUUUGGAUAGGAAAUUUCUAGUGAAGCUAUUCCUGAGAAAUUCUUCUACAUCUAGGACAUUUUAUUUCCAGACAUUUAACUUGCUGCUUCUACAGCUGAAGUUGUAGAUUUGUUAAUUUGUUAAUAAGAAUCUCAAUUUUUAUUUAUUUAAUAAUUACUUGGCAUUAAAAUAUAUUGCAACAGGACCGACAGUGUGAGAAUAUGAGUGACCUUUUACCUUUAUCGUCUUUCUCAGAUGUGAGCCGUAGAGGUCUGUUAGUGUUGGCCUCAAAUGGUCUGAAUUUAGACAAUCUGACAUGGUCAUUAAUACGCUGUCUUUUUGAAAGCAGUCAAGAAACACCUAAGAAUCUCCCACUACUCUCCCAGUUCUGUCUCAUUUAAAGAUGUACAAAGUCAUAAUAAUAAGUAAUUGUGAGGCUUUCCUUGGGAGGAACGAAUUAAAUCAGUGGUUCACAUGCAAGCAACACAGCGGGGAAUAAAACCCCUCACAUGUUGGAAGAGCUGAUUUCCAGGGCAGGAAUAUGAACAUCUGUUGGUGAGGAAUGAGAAGGUUUCAUGCAAAUUACACAGUCAAAGAGAUGCUCAAGUUGAGAAACCAGUGACAUUUCUUGUAACUGUACUAUGAGUCAGCACGUGUUUAAUCUUCUUGAUAAUAGUUGGAAAGGCAGGCAUCGGUGUGCGUUUUACAAACACAUGAUUUUAUUUUCUCGGGGUGUGUGUGACUUCAUGACAUCCACGGUUCUGCUUUUAAAUGAGGCUACAGUAAACUGUAGCUGUGGAAAGCCAGCUAGGAUCAAGACACCCGCGGCUAGCUGUUUCCGCCCUAGUGCAAGAGCGCUGGAACCCCAUGUUCCUGGAAGUUUGCGCGUCAGAGUAAACAAACUUGAAAACCCCUCUUGAUAGCUGAAUUCGCCCAGUCUUGUUACAUUUUCUCUUAACAAGACACACCGCGGAAGCUCUCACAGGCUGCUUUGAUGAAGCCACAUACAUCCCCCUCACAGUUCACAGGAAGUCACUCUUAAAAGAAACUGAUUCUGCUGUUUACUGCCUGUAUUAAAGGGACAGAGUUCCUUUUUAUUUCUGAUAACGUUGGAGAGAAAUACAGAACUGCUCACACAGCCAGUGUGUGACUAAGACUAAGGCAAUAGCAGGCUGCCUGUCGAGCUCUCUGGGGUGAACAAGCACCGCACCUCUUGGAGACUGUCUUGUGUGUAAGGAAAGCUCUGGGGUCUACAGGAAGGUGGUGCCUCUUCAAAGAAAGGAACUUUCUGGAGAAGAUAAGGAAUCUACUCCAGAGAGGAGUUCCAUCACUUCAUUGAUGGCUUUAAUGAGGAGAAAAGCAACUGGAUGCGCUACGUGAAUCCAGCUCACUCUGCCCGCGAGCAAAACCUGGCUGCCUGUCAGAACGGGAUGAACAUCUACUUCUACACCAUUAAGCCCAUCCCUGCCAACCAGGAACUUCUUGUGUGGUAUUGUCGGGACUUUGCAGAGAGGCUUCACUAUCCUUAUCCUGGAGAGCUCACAGUGAUGAAUCUCACACAAAUGGAAAGCAACCCAAAGCAAUACAGCAGUGAGAAAAAUGAACUGUACCCAAAGAAUGUCCCCAAGAGAGAGUACAGUGUGAAAGAAAUCCUAAAACUGGACUCCAAUUCCUUCAAAAGGAAGGACUUCUACCGUUCCGACAUUUCACCCCUCACUUUAGAAAAGGACAUGGAUGGCUUUAGGAAAAAUGGGAGCCCUGACAUGUCCUUCUAUCCUCGGGUUGUUUACCCCAUCCGGGCACCUCUGCCGGAAGACUUUUUGAAAGCGUCCCUGGCCUAUGGGAUAGAAAGACCCACUUACAUUACCCACAGCCCGCUUCCAUCUUCCACGACUCCAAGCCCCCCGGCAAGCAGCCCGGAGCAGAGCCUCAAGAGCUCCAGCCCCCACGGCAGCCCGGGAAACACCGUGUCGCCCCUGGUCCCAGGUCCCCCGGAACCCCGGGACUCCUACUCCUACUUGAAUGCUUCCUAUGGCUCCGAGGGCCUGGGCUCCUACCCUGGCUACGCACCUGCCCCCCACCUCCCACCAGCUUUCAUCCCCUCUUACAAUGCUCACUACCCCAAGUUCCUCUUGCCACCCUAUGGCAUAAGUUCCAAUGGCUUGAGCACCAUAAACAACAUCAAUGGCAUCAACAACUUCAGCCUCUUCCCCAGGCUGUAUCCUGUCUAUAGCAACCUCCUUGGUGGUGGCAACCUGCCUCAUCCAAUGCUCAACCCAGCUUCCCUACCAAGUUCCCUGCCCACAGAUGGAGCCCGAAGGCUGCUUCCACCGGAGCAUCCCAGAGAGAUGCUUGUCCCAGCACCCCACAGUGCCUUUUCCCUCACCGGGGCUGCCGCCAGCAUGAAGGACGAGAGUAGUCCCCCCAGUGGCUCUCCAACAGCUGGAACCGCAGCCACGUCCGAACACGUGGUACAACCCAAAGCUACCUCAGCAGUGAUGGCAGCCCCCAGCACUGACGGAGCCAUGAAUCUCAUCAAAAACAAAAGAAACAUGACUGGUUACAAGACUCUUCCCUACCCGCUGAAGAAGCAGAACGGCAAGAUCAAGUAUGAGUGUAAUGUCUGUGCCAAGACGUUCGGUCAGCUCUCCAACCUGAAGGUUCACUUGAGAGUGCACAGUGGAGAACGGCCUUUCAAAUGCCAGACCUGCAACAAGGGUUUCACUCAGCUCGCCCACCUGCAGAAACACUACCUGGUGCACACAGGAGAAAAGCCACAUGAAUGUCAGGUCUGUCACAAGCGAUUCAGCAGCACAAGCAAUCUCAAGACCCACCUUCGACUGCAUUCUGGAGAAAAACCUUACCAGUGUAAGGUGUGCCCUGCCAAGUUUACCCAGUUUGUGCACCUGAAGCUGCAUAAACGACUGCAUACCCGGGAGCGGCCCCACAAGUGCACCCAAUGCCACAAGAGCUACAUCCAUCUCUGCAGCCUCAAGGUCCACCUGAAGGGCAACUGCCCCGUGGCCCCAGCCCCUGGGCUGCCUUUGGAGGAUCUGACCCGAAUCAAUGAAGAAAUCGAAAAGUUCGACAUUAGUGACAAUGCUGACCGUCUUGAGGACAUAGAGGACAACAUGGAUAUGACCUCUAUGGUGGAGAAGGAGAUUCUAUCUGUGGUCAGAAAAGAGAAAGAGGAAACUGGUCUGAAAGUGUCUUUACAAAGAAACAUGGGGAACGGACUCCUCUCCUCAGGGUGCGGCCUCUAUGAGUCAUCAGACCUGUCCCUCAUGAAGUUGCCUCACAGCAACCCACUACCUCUGGUGCCUGUAAAGGUGAAACAAGAAACAGUUGAACCGAUGGAUCCUUAAGAUUUUCAGAAAAGAAGUGUUUUGUUUUUGCUUUGCUUCUUAGGUUAUGACUUGGUGAGUCAGGGUGCCUGUAUUGAAUUGCUUGUGAACAAUUCCAGGCCUGCAAAGAUCUCCUGGCAGGAGGUGAUUCCCCACACCUCUGGAAUUUAAGAAGGACUCCAAAGUUACCAAAAUCUCAGGGUAUAAAUGAGGCAAAGACUCACUAUAUAUACAUAUAUACAUAUUAUAUAUAUAUAUAUACUUAUUUACAGCCAUGUCUAUAUAUUUGAACCUGUGUAUUUUGAAUAUUUGUGUGGAUAUGUUUGCAUAGCCUUCCUAUUACUAAAACUAUUGCCUAGCCAUAAUUAUUUUUUCAAUGAUAAUCCUUCAUAAUUUAUUAUACAGUUUAUCUUUCAAAAAGCAAUAAUUAAAAAAGUUUACAAUGACUGGAAAGAUUCUUUGUAAUUUGAGUAUAAAUGUUGUUGUCUUGUGGCCAUUCUUUGUAGAUAAUUUCUGCACAUUUGUUGAAAUACCUGAGACUUUGUAGACAGCUGUAUGAUUUCAGACCAUGUUUCUCUAUAAUAAUGCUUUAAAAUGAGGUCUUGAUAUUGCCAAAGUCAUAUGGUUGGUGUAUUGACUCAGAGGAUAGUAUCCUUUGAACAACGUUGUGUAAGUUGGGGAUAUGUGUGCAGAAUUACUCAGCAAUAAUUUGAGGGGAAGGAAUAAGAAAGCAAAUAUUUUAUGUUUCCAAUGAUAGUUUAUUUUUCCCCUCCUUGCCACAAUUUUACCAAAAUAGUGACAGGAAGGUUUUGCCAGCCUGUCCCACCAAAAGCAUAGGGUCUUCCUAUCUCCGAUGUCAUAGGACCAUUCUGAGUGGCCAUAUGACUUUGACAUCCCAGUGUGUUAUCUGAAAAUGUGAAGAAGAGAAAAUGCCAUGUUAAAACCACCGAGAAUCUGUCUUCAAGCACAGAUAAUUUUGUGUGUGUGUAGGUUGGGGGCUUGAGUCUGGGUGUCAUUUUGUUGUUGACUUGUUUUUGUUUCUUAAUGUCAAAAUUGCACAAAGGUGGUGCCCUACCAAGAAAGAUUUGGUGUCGAUAGGCUCAGGCCACACUUAAAAUACGAACAAAAAUGAACAGAAAAUUAAACAAAACAAACAAAUAAAAAAAAAAACGGGUAUUCUUGUCAUCUUAGGUUAAGCGGGUAAUGAACAUUCCUAUCCCCAACACAUCAAUUGUAAUUUCUGUAAAACUCAGCUGUUCUCAGUAUUUGUGUUUUUGCAUUUUAUAAUUAAUUUAAUUGAAGAUGAAAGGGCAUUGCAAAGUUGUUCAACAACAAUUACCUCAUUGAGUGUACCCAGUAGGAGUGCAGGAAGUGAUGUCUUAUCUCAUGACUUGCUACUCAGCUGAGCGCGUGUGCUCUGGAAUGGUAGGCUGGGUUGUUCUGUCUUGUACUCGUCUAAGCCCAAAAGUUACCUGUUGGUGUUCAAGGUGUAGCAAAGAAUGAUGUAUAUUUAUGAAUCUAUUUAUACCACUAUACCAUGUGUAUAUAUAAUAUAUUUAUAACCACUUAAAUUGUGAGCCAAGCCAUGUAAAAGAACCUACUUUUCCUAAAGAGCAGAAGGAACCUCUUUCUGAGGUUCUGCUUGCAACUCCAUGACCUCACGAUAACACAUGGUGCUCAUGCACCACCUUGCCUACUACCAGAGACCAUAGCACCUUGGUGCAGAGGUAAGGGCCAUGUAGCCACUAGGGAGGAACAGAAACUUCAUUUUGCUUUUGAACAUCAUCUGUCCGAUUUAAUUUUUGUGCUACAUUUGUGUCAGAUGGGUCACAAAAAUAAUUUUUUUUUCUAUCUCCACCUUACUUUCUUCAUCCUCCUUUGGAACCCUGACACCUCCUCACUCUUGAGUCUGAUGUUUAGUUUAGUGUUUUGUAUAGGUCUAUCAACACACAAAGAGGAAAACUUCCAGAGAAACCCAAGAGCCUUACGUAUCUGCUGACUAGCGAGAUGGGUUUCUCACCACCUACAAGGAUCAAAACCCAAGAUUCUACACAUGCUAGCAAGCAAGCUAGCACUGAGCUGCAGCCCAGCUCAAAACUGACAUUUCUGGAUGCAUCUGUGUUUGAUGAAACUAAUCCUUAACUGUAGGCAAACCAAAGCGUGACAUGACACUGACACCCAAUCUGCUUUCUUUCUGUGAACUUACGUUGUUUUCCUCCUGUGUUGGGAGGAGUCUUACAAGUACUAAUUGUUUUUCUUGCCAUCUGUACUUCCUCUUAGGCCUCUUACAUGUGAGUGUUGAGCCCACAAUUAACAGUGGUUUUAUUUUUUUUUUUCCUCAGAGUUAAAACUGACCAAAGUUAUUGGCUUUUUACUUUGCUAGAACAACAAACUAUCUUAUGUUUACUUACUGGUUUACAUUGUUAUUUAUGUGCAAAUUGUUAAAAUGUAAAUUAAAUAUAAAUGUUCAUGCUUUA